AUGGCGGACCCUGUAAGAAAUAUCAUCAUCAAACUUGGAAGCAAGAUGCACUCUCCAGAAGUGGCCUUUAAACAUAUUCAGACACUAUUGCAGUUUGCAAUGAAGAAGAAACUCAAGCUUGACCCUCUUCUCCGCGAUGAAAUCAUUGUCACAGUGCUGUCCAUUACCCAGAGUUCUAUGCCGACUGGUCCGACAAUGACACCAGUGAACUCCUGCUGCUGGCCUCCGAGGCAGAUGAUGACAUCUCUCCGGCAUUUAUUCCAGAGCCCUCAGAUGGCAAUCGCGCUGGGUGUUCCUUCACUAUUUUUCUCAAAGAGCCCUUCAAAUGAAGCCAGACAUCGUCUUGAGUUUCUGCGUAACAGGUCAAAUACUUCUGACUCCCCUAUAGAAAUUUCACCUGAUAAAUCUGAGGAUCCAGUGUCUAAUGCUGCCCCAUCUACUGUACCUGUUGAUUCUGAGAAUGUGCCUGCUUUAAUUUCUGUGAAAUCAUCUGUAUCUGUUGAUCCUUCGUCUAUACCUUUGGGUGAGUCUGAUUGUGUGAAAAGUGGAGUCUCGAAUGUGUCUGAUGAGAAAGAAAAACCAUCUGAUGAGCCCAACAAUUUGAGUCUGGUUGUGUUUUCUGCUGAUAAUAUUGGUCUGUCCCCUGCUGUAAUUGCUGAUGAUCCGAAAGAAAUCUGUCCUGCUGAUCUUUCUUCUGCUGUACCGGCUGAUGAUUUUUCUGUUUUUCCUGCUCAUGUUGAGACUGCUAAUCUCUCAAGUCCCCAUAAGUCUAAGAAAAAGGGUGGAAUCCCAGUCUACACUUCCACAUCGUUAGGUGAAAACCUGGAAGCUGGUUUACCUUCUGCUUCCAUUCCACAACCAUACCGAGUGAUUCACCCAUCUGAAUCCUCGAGUGAAGAUGAAAAAAUACUGGCUGAAGUCUAUGGAACCCAAGCUCCCACAUCUCAGGUUCCAACUAUUGAGGCUACUGCUCAUCCUGAUUCCACCACUUUCAGAAUACGAGAGGUCACUAAUCUCCUUGGUGGUUCAUCUGCUCAUGUGUCUGAUUCUAGUCACUCUGUGUCUCAUGUCCACUCCCCAUCCAAGGAGACAAGGAAGUCGAAAAGGAAGAAUGUUCCUGUGAAGGUUGUGGUUGAAUCUGGUGAGGACACUGCUGAUGUAGGUCAACCAGAGAAGAAAAGGAAGUCUAGUGAGCCUGCAAAUCCUGAGACCAAUCCCCUUGUUCAACAAGUGUUUAAGACUCUACGGUCUUCUGUUAAGCAAAAAAUGGGUCUACUGAAGACUGUCACUGCCAUCUGUCCUUAUUCAAAGCUGCUCACCUACGAAUUUUACUGUAAUCUCAAUGAUGAUAUGGAUAAUGUGUCUGGAGUGCGUCCAAUGCAGAUUUUCAUUCGUGGGAAAUGGUAUGUGUUUGGCCCUGACAAAAUUAACGAGUACUAUGGCCUGCAAGGAGUCCAAGAGGAGGCUAUCACUGACUGGGAUGCAGUGGCCAAAACGAUCACUGGUGGACAAGCUGAUGGAUUGCCUACUAGUGAUAAGGAUACUCUACCUAGUUCUCAGCUCACCUCCAAGUAUGUGAUUCUUCAUCGUCUUGCUCUGCAUAACUAG